UUUUCCAGAUUUAUAAAGAAAUAUAAGCCGUGUUUAGUUACCAUGAAUUGCAUAACUUUUCUCUUAAUUUGUUGCUGUGUUGUGGACAAAAUAUCAGGCCAACUAAUAACAAAUACUGGGAGUUAUUCAUUUUCGUCUUAUUCAACGAAAGCAAGCAGAAGAGUAAACGUUCGGUUCAUGAUGUGUUUAUCUUCUGUUCCUAAUCACAUCAGAGCAACAGCGAUAGCCACCGACCAUUCACUUCCUCACAAAUUUAACUUGACUGUGCUGGAAGUUAAAAUCGGCGAUUUUGUGGCAGAGUUGGAACGCACUGAUCAACACACAGGGUGGGAUACAAUGAUUAUUGUGGACUGGAAACUGUACAUCACCGAAAAAUCGGUUUUCUUUCGGAAUAAGAUAAUCUGGAUUCCCGAUUUGGCACAAAGAGUCACGUCUUCCAACAAAGAAGCAUCAGAAUAUUGCGCAGAAAACGGCGGAACAUUGGUGGAUAUUGAAGACAAGGAGAUGUAUGAUGUAGUUUAUCAUUAUAUCAGAAACAAUUUCAAGUUCGGGACAAUUUCUUAUGCUCGGUUUUGGUUGGGCUCCAGUUACAACUCAACGUUGAGUUUUUAA